AUGAGUGUUCCAAGUCGUACAUUCAAUAUGAAGGAUGGUUUGCAAUUUACGAUUGAGACAAAGAAAUUAUAAGGCGAAAAAAAUUUUCCAAAACCUCCAACAUCAAAAGAUGACAUUGAGAAAUAAUUUAAUGAAUGGCUUAAUCAAAUUUGCUUGGAGUAAAAAGAAUUAGAGCAAAUAAAACAGCUUGAACAAAAAUAUAAGUUUAGAAUAUGCUAAUUAUACAAUAACUUUAUGUUGACAAUAAAGAAGAAUCAAUUAAAUGAGGAAACUAAAAUCAAAAAAAUCCUGGAAGACACUAAGCAAAUAAUAAUUAAAUAUGUUCAGGAUAAUUCUGAUCUUCAUCUCAAUUCCUUACUAAAUAACAUAAAGGAUUAAUAAUAGCAAUAGUAUAUCAAUGAAAAGCUGUAAUUAAUUAAAUAGUAUCUUUUUGUGCAGAUAUUAUUGUUGAAAUUGAAACAGUUAGAGGAAUAAUCAAGAAUAUAGAAAAAUUUUAGGGAAUAAACUACCAUCUUAGAAUUUUUUGAAUUCCUGCUUUAAUUUAAGAUUGGGAGAGAGUGCUUAAUGGUAGAUGGUUUCUUUGGAGUGUUGUUUAGUAAUUUUCAUCCAAUCGAAACGAAAAUUACAGGAAUUACCCUGAAGAUAUUGUCUGGGAGCAAAGGAUUAAGUUGGUAACCUGGAUGUGUCUAACAAAUUUUAGAAGCUAUGCAUAAGUUUUAGAAAAUGUACUAACUUCAAAACAGAUUCGAUAUCUUAGUUAGAACCAUUUAUGCCUCUAAGAAUUUACUUAUGGUAUUUUUAAUUGUUAAAUUCUUAUUCAAAUUUCUGUAUUCCUUGGACAAUGAAAUAGUUGAUGAAGUUGUUAAAGAAUUUUUUGAUUGCAGAGUUAACGACAAAAAAGUAAAUGAAAUAUUUCGUUUGGUCCAAGGCAGAAUAUAAAAGAAAUUAUAUUAAAAAGAAGAUUGCACAUAUGAAUCUGUGAGAAAAGAGCUAAAAAAGUUUUAGCAUCCCUUGGCAUCAGAUGGAAAUGAGUAACUACUAACGAAUAGAUUUAAAUUAUAAGACAUGAAUAUCCCUGAAAAAAUCAAUAUAUAGGAAGUAGUAUCCGAAAAUAUUUAAAAUGAAUCUUUGAAUUAGGACUUUAAAAAUGAUCAAUACUAUUAUUUUGAGUAUGGUUAAGAUUCAAUCUUCUAAGGAAUUUAACGAAAUGUCUUAGAGUGGAUAAAUGCUAUUCUUAACAUUUUCUCCUUGUUAGAUAAUAAUUAAGAUUCAUUUCUGAAAGCUGCUAGUGAGAUUUAGGUUACUGAUUUUUAUUAUGAUAAUAAUUCAACCUAAUUAUCAGAUCCCUUUAUAGAAUUAACACCUAAUGAUAGAGAGUCUAGCUUUGAUUCACCUACUAAACUUAUCAAAUAAAUUGAUUCUUCAAAGCAUUCAGAAAAUUAACUCACUUCAUAGUAAGAUGAGCUAACUGCAGAAUUAGAAGACUAUAAAAAGUAGCUUCAAAGUGAAAAAGAGCUCUGUUCGAAAAAAGAACUAGAAUUAAAGGCUCUUCUAGAUGAAAAUGCUAUUUUCAAAGCUCAAAAUGAGGAACUUAAAAAAUCUUUAGAUAAAUCUAAAGAAAUGGUAACAGAAUUAUAAAAAAAGAUAGCAAAUCUUGAAUAAAAGUAAAUCUUCAAUCAAAAUAAUGAUAUUAAAAAUUAAUCAAACUUUCAUCAAAAAACAGACGAACAAUAGAUUUCAUAGGCUUAAGUUUUGGUGGCAUUCAAUUUCAAAAAAUCAGUUUAAAAUACCUUUGUAUAAACUGAAAACUAGCCUUAAGAGUUAGAGAAAAGCAAUUAAAAUUAGAAUUAAAUUGAUCAAGCUUCUCCUAUUUAAAAUUAAACUUCUCCCCAAUAAGUUCAAAAUUAAGCAACCGCUUUAUUACCUCCUCCACCGCCUCCCCCACCUCUACCUAAUACUUAAGUUCCACCUCCACCUCCUCCUCCUCCCCCACCACCUCCUCCAUCAAAGAAUGGAGCUCCUCCUCCUCCUCCACCACCACCUCCAUCAAGAAACGGAGCUCCUCCUCCUCCACCGCCCCCACCACCUCCAUCAAAAACUGGAGCUCCUCCUCCACCACCACCUCCUAGAAUAGGUGGAGCUCCUCCUCCGCCACCUCCUUUAGGAAAUAAUUAAUAAUAAAUCUCAAAUUAAAUUGUUUAAUAACUUCCAUCAGUACCUAUUCGUAAUUUGAAUUGGAUAGUAAUAAAUACAUAGACUUAAAAUAAUUCUAUUUUUCAAUAAAUAUCAAAUAGUGUUGAAGAAAUUAAUAUAGAUUUUUUAUUAUUGGAAAAGAACUUUAACAAAGUCUAACCAAAAGAUCAAAAUAUGAAAUAAUCUGCUGCUUAAUCAAAUGUUGCCAAAAUUACUCUUUUGUCAUCUGAAAGAUCUAAGAAUAUUGAAUUGGUUCUAGGAAAAUUAAAGCUCCCAAAUACUCUAAUAAUAAAGAUAUUAAAAUCAUUUGAUGUAUAAAUAUUAACACCUGCCAUUAUUGAAAGCCUAGAUGGGAUAUGUCCAACUGAGGAAGAAGUAAAGUGUUUAGCUGAAUAUACUGGUGAAAAAGAUCAAUUAGGCAAUUCGGAAUUAUUUGUCGAUGCACUAAGAACAGUUAAUGGAUUUCAACAUAGAUUAAAGGCAAUCAAAUUUAAAAUUGGUUUUUAAGAGUAGGUUGUAGAUUUGAAGAAAAAGAUUGCCAUUCUUGAUCAGAGUUUCUUAAGAGUCAGAGAAAUGCCAGAGAUUGAAACCCUUUUUAAGAUAGUAUUAAAAAUUGGUAAUUUUUUAAAUGCAUCUACAAGCAAAGGUAAUGCGCAAGGCUUUAGAAUAGAUACAAUAGAAAAAUGUGCAGAUAUGAAAACAAGUGAUGCAUAAGAGAAUUUACUUUAUUAUGUGAUAGAUUUAUCAGAAAGUAUACUGAAGAAGGAGAUAAUAGAUGAAUAAAGUAAUAAAUUAAUAAUAUAAAGCACAGUUAUCUAGAGUUUGGAACCAAUUGAAAAGUUAUCAAUAUCACAAUUAUAAGUGGAUUUGUCAGAUUUUAAAAAAGGGUUAAAUGUUGUAACAAAAGCAAUAGAAUAUUAAACAGAAGACUAAGAGGAUUAAGUUAGAACAUUUCUAUAGCCAGUAUAGGAAGAAAUUAAAACAAAUAUCAUUAUUAUAGAAUAAUAAUUAACGUAAUUGGAGGAUAAUUACAAAAAAAGUGCUGCUUACUUUUGUGAGAAUUAAAAAGAUUCAUCUGAAAAGUUUGGAGAAAAAAUACUUAAGAUGCUUAGAUGCUUAUUGAAAAAUAAAAAGGAAAAGGUUCAAAAGGAGGAAAGAAAAAAAAAGUAAUCAGAAUUGCUUUUAAAAUAACAAUCAAAAAUAAUGGCAUAAUCUAGUUCAAAAGCAAAACCUUAACAGCUGUCAGCCCAAUCUGUAACACUUGCAUCUGCAGGAAAUUCUAAUUAAAGCACUCCAAAUGUGAGUGCUUUUAAAGUGGUGAAUCAAAAUGAAAUAUAAGCUAAAUAAUUUGGAAUUUGCAAAGAAAUCUAGGAAUUAAGAUAAAUGAGGCAAACUAAACUCACUAAUUCGAUGAUUUAAAAUGAAGCUGAAAAAACACCAAGUAAAUAGGAAUGA